AUGCCUAGCCUUUCCCAAGAAAACCAAGAGUGCCUCGAAGGGCAUCUUCCCAGGCAGGCUACCUGGACACAGUUGCUGCCCCUGUUUAGAGCAGAGCGAGAUUAUAAUCUCAGAAUUCACCAAGCCGCAGAAAAUACAGGGGAUUCUCAGGCUGGGACUGGUGUCAAGUCGUUCCCCCACACCCUUCCCGCCGUCCGUCCUGCUCAGCUCCCAGACUCUCCAGCCUUCCGGACGCUGCUCCACCACUUUUCUAGCCUGCCCUGCAGCUUCACGCGAUUCUUCUCGACUCUUCUGCGGCGACCCCCUCCCGCGACUGGCCCGCGGCGCUGGGACUGCUCCCCGCAGCUUCCCUGGCCGGCCGCCUGGCUCUCUCCAGUGCCCCACCGCCUCCAGCUCCUACUCGCGGCCUCAAUGGCACUUCCAGGUCGACCUCCGAGGGGUAGUCGUCUGAAACUGGCAAAUCUAAACCCAGAGCCCAGAGAAGAGGACGCCUGCAGUGGGAAGAGUUCGCCGGAGUCUCCUGUGGGAUCCGAGAGGACUGAGAUGCGGAUGCAGCAGAUGUGCAGCGGAAGUGAGACCCAGGGCUCCAUCCAAAGCCAGCAGGGCACGGGGAGCCAUGGCUCCAAUGCCUGCUGCUUUUGCUGGUGCUGCUGCUGCAGCUGUUCUUGCCUCACUGUCAGAAACCAGGAAGACCAGAGACCCGGAAGAGCCGCCUAUGAACUCAAGACAGACAUUCCAGCGUGUGAGGAAAGCCCCACUCCCACUCUGGAAGAAGUCUGUGCCUGGGCCCAGUCCUUUGAUAACCUAAUGGUCACUCCGGCUGGAAGAAACGCAUUCCGGGAAUUUCUCCGGACGGAGUUCAGCGAAGAAAACAUGCUUUUCUGGAUGGCCUGUGAAGAGCUGAAGAGGGAAGCAAAUCAAAGCGCCAUCGAGGAGAAAGCCAGGAUAAUCUAUGAAGACUACAUUUCUGUUCUGUCUCCUAAAGAGGUCAGCUUGGACUCCCGAGUACGGGAAGGCAUCAACAGAAACAUGGUGGAUCCCUCCCAGCACAUAUUUGAUGAUGCCCAGCUUCAGAUUUACACCCUCAUGCACAGAGACUCCUACCCCCGCUUCAUGAACUCCACCGUCUACAAGGAUUUGCUCAAGUCCUUAGCUGAGAAAGCAGUGGAGGCAUAGGUGGCUUUGAAUAUAUUUAUUGUUAAUAAAUCCAGAAAAUAACUCACGGACUGCAUCCAGCCCAGGAAGUCUAGAGGUAGGAUGUCCUGUGCUAGAGUGGAUCUCGGACUGUUGUAGCAACAAUGUCUCCCUCUUCAGAGAGCUAGAGACUCACAGUGUAACUGCAACCGCCUUUAGUAAUACUUGUCCGGAAAAAAGGUGAUUAGAAAGACUGUCCGCUCCCACUCACAAUAACAGUAGCAUGUUCUCGAGGGCAGAGCACGCACUAGCCUCUGCUCUGCCUGCAGCGGACACACAGAGAGCAAAUGGUGACACUUCUGUUUUGCAUGAGUUAAAACCCUGUUCCCCCUCCAAAGACAAGGCAUUCAAGUCUUUCCCAACUAACCCUUCCUCCAGUCUGAAUACUUCACUUAGCACCGUGCCAGGACUGAAAGUCACAGUUCAUGAAGAUGUGACAAUUCCUUGUGAAGGAAACAGUAACCGCCUGCACGGGUCAUGGAGGUGGAGCACACUGUGCUCUAGGUGGGCCAGGCUUGGGCGUUUGCCAAGAAACACGAUGCUGAAGUGACGAUGCUUCCGUCAGAAAGGAUGGCCAUAUUAUCAGGAUCUACCAACCUGAAGAAUGAAUUUCCAAUUUAAUAGUUCGUUAUGUUCACAGAGCUUCAAAUAAGCAUAUUUUGAUUUUUAUUUCAAGAAAUGUGGGUAUUUUCACUCGGAAAAAUAAAACAUAAAAGUUUUCUCUCAAUCGUGAAUUAUUUGAAAUGUAAUUGAGGAACAUGGAUCAUUUGGGGAUGCAUGCAAUCCGUCUUUCACCUCCCAGACGACUGUGCUGCCUUUACAUGCCAUGAUUUGUUUUUUAUCACAGCAAAUGAAAGGACCUCAUAGUUUACAGGUAAAAGCAGUUAUAGACCUAAGCCACUGUCUUAGUCAGGGUUCCUGUCGCUGCAACGAGACACCAGGACCAAAAGGCAAGUUAGGGAGGAAAGGGUUUAUUUGGUUUACAGAUUCACAUUGCUGUUCAUCACUGAUGGAAGUCAGGACAGGUUGCUUGGCUACCUGAUUCUAUGCAUGCUGGGAGAAGAGAUAUACUGAUUUAAA